GUAGAACCUGUAGACAGAAACAUGUCACACACUCGCCCAGCAGCGGAGAGCUCCGACAGCACUGUAACGACGGUAACCGACGGUAUCUGUGUUUUAACCGGGUACUUUUAUGAUUUUCUUCGGAGGCUCCGGUCUGACCUUCCCUCUCUGGACUCUGACUGCUCCUUUCAGUCUGUUACUGUGGACGCUUGUCGAAGGUCAGUACCGUGUGAGCUCUUCUUCUCAGCCAAUCACGGCUUCCCCUGGUGACGAUGUCAUCCUGCGGUGUCAUGUGAAACCUGAAUAUAACGUCCGGGCGCUGACCAUAGAGUGGUCCAGGUCGGGCACCUUGGAUCGGCCGUGGGAGGUGGAGGGGGAGGAGGAGGACUAUGUCCACCUGUACAGGAACCAGAAGGACAACGAGGACGGCAAGAUCCGGGCGUACAUCAACAGGACCGACCUGUUGAAGGACUCGCUGCGACACGGGAACGUUUCACUGAAGAUAAAGAAUGUGACGGUGGACGAUCAGGGGACUUACCGAUGUUUCAUCCCCAAACUGAGCAGCAGAGUGUGGAGAGGGGAGAGAAGCGUUUGUUACGCUCAAAGUUCUCGAACCAAACUUUGGAAGGACAACAGAGUCAUCGCUGGACCUGACGACUCCAGAACCAAUCGAUCAGAUCAAUGUCCAAAGUGACCGGCACCGUCACUUCCUCUGGAUCUCUGUUGUGACUGUCUGCUUCAUAGCAAUCCUGGGAGGUGUAGUCUUAACUUUACUCAAACUAAAGCGUGGAGAACAAAAUGUAAAACAGACAGAGAAAAAAAGCGUUGAUGCUCUUCUUCAAAGAAAAGCACUUUCAGUAUAGCUGCGCAGCUCAAACACGCAGGCACAGUCGAGAGCUUCUCUUGGGUCGCCCUCGUCCGUUCAGAGAUUCAACCCAACAGGAUCAUCAGGAGAGCUCCAUAUGAUGGUAACAGACCUCCAUCAGAACAAAGGCUCUCCUGGAGAUCCUUCAGUCGGCCGAGUCGAACCCCAGCAGAGUCCGGAUAAAGACGACUUUGAAGGAACAGAUUUUCCAUCUGCAACACUUUUUUUUUUUUUUUUUAGACUUUAAAAAAAGAGGGACCGCUGCAGACCUCUAAAUCCUUUCCAAGAUUCUGAGGAUCUUAUCGGCUGCAGGAUUAUCUCUCUGUGUCUCAGGAGAACCUUUAUUUAUUUAGCGUAGGAGAAAGAACUUCACAGUUUACACCUCGUCAAUCGAUCCUCAACAAGAGACGACGACGACUUCACCCGACCUCAAAAGGACCCAGAAUGGAUUUCAUUUUUUAUGUUAUUUAUCCAAAUCUUUAUUUUCUGGUCUGCUCAGAUUCAUCUUCUUCAACAGAGGAGCUAUGUGCCAUAUGUUGUGUUCCUAAAUGAUGUCUCCAUAAGCUUUGGAAAUUUCUGUUAAAAAUAAAAUGAACGUUGUUGGAAAACUCUCAAGUGACCAUAAAACCAAACGGCAGCUGUUUAAUAGCGUGAUUUAUUCUGGGUCUUUUCCAGUUGUUGCACUGAAACACUAAUAUUGAAUUAUAAGCUCAGCCGUUUAACAAACGUGAUGUUUAGUUACAGUUUAUCUGUGUUAGCUUGUUUACAUUCCACGCUCAACAAAAAGUUCAAUCAGUGGAUUAAAAGAAACGUAUUUUCCAAAUGUUCCAACAGUUUAACAGUUGAAUGUGUUUCAUUAGUCAACGUGUCAGAUCCUCAGGUCUUAUACUGAAGAUUUAUCAGCUUAUCCUCAGCGAUAUGAGGGGGCGUGGCCUCAUUCUAGACUUGUCAUAUCCGAUUUUGACUCCCACUUUAGUUUACAACCUGAUACUGCUCACUUUGUCCUAAAUGAGUGACAACUUAUUAAAGGUUUGUUUUUAUUUUGCAAAGGGGGAGGAGUUAAGACUGAUCGACGUGACAGUGAUUUAGUGUCCGCUUAUGAUUCAUGUUAUGAAGAGUUUUAUUUUAGUAUUUUGUGUGACUGAUGGAUGAUUUUAAUUUAUAUGGAAGAUGAAUCUGCUGUGGUUAGCUCUACUUCCUUCAUAUCGACUGUGCCGUGUGUUUGAGCAGGGCAAUACGUUAUCUUUACUGUCUACUGUUUUUGCACUUAUCUUAAUUAGACAUGAUGACUUGAAUAUGUGUAGCCUACACCUUUCAUAAACAGCAGGUUGAAAACUGUUUUUCCCCUGAAUGUAUUUAAACAUGUUUUGUUGUAUUUAUGCAUGUUAUGUUCUUGAAACUGUGGUUGUCUUUACAGCCGCUGUUUCUGAAUAAACCAAUGUUCUAGAGAAA